AUGAGAACGAAGCGGAUGGCUCUGCAGGAUGGGGAACAGGAUGGCCCAAAAUUAAGAUAUAAAUGGUGUCAAGCCCGUUGGUCGAGAAGAGGAAGAAGCACCUCAUCAAACUUUGUUCCACAGUCUGGGACCCCCGAGCCGCAAUCACUUUAGAUCGAAAUCUUUCACACGAGCAAGCAUGAGCAAGAAACUUCUCGUGGUCUUUGGAGCCACUGGCCAGCAAGGUGGAUCCGUUGUUGAUCAAGUCCUGCAAGAUCCAGCUUUGUCUCGCGAAUUCUCCAUCCGAGGUCUCACUCGCGAUCCUUCGAGUCCGUCAUCCCAAGCUCUGGCUAAACGGGGCGUCGAAGUCGUGAAGUGCGACACCAGCUCUGACACCGACUUAAGAGCGGCAUUGAAUGGCGCCCACACCGUUUUCUCCAUGACGACGUCCAUAUACACGAGGACAGGCGGCAAGGAAGAGGAGGAGCUGGGGAAUCACAUUGCCGACCUCGCCGUGGAGUGUGGCGCUCAAUAUCUAAUCUGGUCAUCCAUGGUGUCUCCUAAGAAGAUCUCCGGCGGCAAAUACCCGAAUGUUGACCUGUUCGAGUCGAAAUACAACACAGAGCAGUACAUUCGCACAUUGCCAAUCAAGUCAUCCUUCUUCGUGCCAGGUUCCUUUAUGCAAAACUUGACGGGUCGGCAGAAGCCUAGACCACUCGGAGACGGGACGUAUGGGUUGUUCAACAUUCUCAAUCCUGACGCCAAGACAGCCUUCAUCGAUGUCGCAGCUGACACUGGCAAAUGGAUCGCGGCCAUGCUUGCGGAUCCGGACAAGUAUGCCGGCAAGAGCAUCGCGUGCGCACAAGGGCUGUAUACGCAGACCGAGAUCGCGGAGAUCUUGUCGGCGGCCACGGGUAAGUCAGUAAAGCAUGUCAAGAUACCCGUGGAGCAGUUCGCGAGUCACCUUCCGGAAGGGUCGAGGACCAUGAUCACAGAAAUGAUGCAGUAUUGUGGAGAGUUCGGGUACUAUGGAGCAACGCAGGAGGAAGACGUAAGGUGGGGCGCUGAACAAGCACGAGGCAAGUUGACCUCGCUCGCGGAAUACCUAGAAAGAGAGCCGCUCAAGCUGGACGAAUAGGUCAAGGCAAAGAGCUAGCAAUCAUCACAUUUGGGAGAGAAGCGGCCGGUGAUUUUUGCUUUCGUAGGCGUACCUGUUACAUCUUAGCUUUAGGAUCGUCGACCCUUGUAAACAGCGGGGCGCUCCUGCCGCCUCUGAACAGAUCCAGCAUCUCCUUGCUCAUCCAGAUCUCUCUGCUCUUUGCGAGUCCGGCUUCAAAGUCCC